AGCCAAAACCUUUACCAGUUCCAAGAAUAUCAACUGUUUGCUCCUCAUACCAUCGUCGCUUUAUCUCUCUGAGAAGAGUAGGAAAGAAGUGGAGAGAGGGUGAGUGGGAGUGAGAGAGAGCUGUUUUCAGGGAGUAGCAAUGGCGGGCAGUGGAGUUUUUGGCGAGAUAAUUGAUGGGGAUGUCUUUAAGUACUAUGCUGAUGGAGAGUGGAAGAAGUCUUCUUCUGGGAAGGCUGUUUCGAUCAUUAAUCCAACUACAAGAAAGACCCAGUACAAGGUUCAAGCUUGUACACAAGAAGAGGUCAACAAGGUCAUGGAAACAGCAAAAGCUGCACAGAAGUCGUGGGCGAAAACCCCGCUGUGGAAGCGUGCGGAGCUCCUCCAUAAAGCUGCUGCUAUCCUAAAAGAGCACAAAGCCCCUAUAGCCGAGGCUUUAAUAAAGGAAAUUGCGAAGCCAGCAAAAGAUGCUGUUACUGAGGUUGUGAGGUCUGGAGAUCUGGUUUCUUAUUGUGCAGAGGAAGGUGUCAGAAUUUUGGGACAGGGCACGUUCCUGGUAUCUGAUAGUUUUCCGGGAAAUGAAAGAACCAAGUAUUGUCUCACGUCCAAGAUCCCGCUUGGUGUUGUUCUAGCAAUCCCACCUUUUAACUAUCCUGUCAACCUUGCUGUCUCUAAAAUUGCACCGGCUCUCAUUGCUGGGAACUCGCUGGUCCUCAAGCCUCCAACUCAGGGUGCAGUUGCUUGCCUCCACAUGGUACACUGCUUUCACUUAGCUGGUUUUCCCAAGGGGCUUAUCAGCUGCAUCACAGGGAAAGGCUCUGAGAUUGGUGAUUUCUUGACAAUGCAUCCCGGGGUGAACUGCAUAAGCUUCACUGGUGGUGAUACGGGAAUUGCCAUUUCAAAGAAAGCGGGCAUGAUUCCUCUGCAGAUGGAACUGGGAGGCAAAGAUGCUUGUAUUGUGCUCGAGGAUGCUGAUUUGGACUUGGUGGCAGCUAACAUUAUCAAAGGGGGAUUUUCUUACAGUGGUCAGAGGUGCACAGCCGUGAAGGUGGUCUUAGUGAUGGAAUCCGUAGCCGACACUCUCGUCGAGAAAGUGAAGUCAAAAGUGGCAAAACUGACUGUUGGUCCACCUGAGGACGAUUGUGAUAUCACUCCGGUUGUUUCGGAGUCGUCUGCCAACUUCAUUGAGGGACUGGUAAUGGACGCUAAACAAAAGGGCGCAACGUUCUGCCAAGAGUACAAGAGGGAGGGCAAUCUCAUCUGGCCGUUGUUGUUAGACCACGUGAGGCCGGAUAUGAGAAUAGCAUGGGAGGAGCCAUUUGGACCAGUUCUACCUGUAAUUAGGAUUGGCUCUGUUGAAGAAGGUAUUCAUCACUGCAAUGCCAGCAACUUUGGCCUCCAGGGCUGCGUCUUCACCAAAGACAUCAACAAGGCGAUGCUGAUAAGUGACGCAAUGGAGAGCGGAACCAUUCAGAUUAACUCGGCUCCUGCUCGUGGUCCAGAUCAUUUUCCUUUCCAGGGCAUUAAGGACAGCGGAAUCGGGUCGCAAGGCAUCACUAACAGCAUUAACAUGAUGACGAAGGUCAAGAGCACCGUAAUCAACUUGCCGAGUCCUUCGUACACUAUGGGCUAAAAGGAUCAGCCUUUGAUUUAUCUGCUAAUUGCUUUAGCUUCUGAGUUGGUUUUAGUUGUAAGCAGAAAUAAAGUGUUGUUCAUGGCGGAUUUAUGAUGAUAAUCUCCUUUCUAGGCUUUAUUUACAUGUAUCUUGUAUGUAUUUGGCUUACUCCUUGUUUUUAUAAUCAUAGAAUACUGCAAGAAGUUUUUUUUUGCUUUAUUUGUAAGAUGACACAUUUGUCUUUUUUACAUUGGAAAUAUGGAGGUGUUAAAAAUAAAAA